AUGUUCACAUUCUCUUUGUUGACAUCGGAGGAGAAUGGGUAUUCGUUUAGGGCGUCGCUUUUAACAUUUGAUAAGCAUCAUCAAAUUUUGGCUGACCCUUCAUGGAACGGUGGUGGUGAUGGUGAUUGCAGUGAUGUUGGUUCCCAUCUCGAGAAAUUAGUCAAGGUCAUUGAACCUCAUUUGAAGCAACUCAAUGCAAUAAUUUUAUCUCAUUCGACUAGCGAAUUUAUCAGUGGGUAUAUCUUGUUAUGUGUCUUUUAUCCUAAGCUUAUGCUGACAAUCCCUGUUUACUCAACCUUGCCGGUGAAUCAGUUGGGUAGAAUCUCCACUGUUGAGUAUUACAGAUCCCGAGGAAUACUAGGGCCUUUGCUUACCUCGCUCAUUGAGCUAGACGAUAUUGAUAAUUGGUUUGACAAGUUUAAGAUUGUAAAGUAUUUGCAAAAUGUCACUUUAGGUGGUAGCAGUGGUGAUCAUGGUGAUAUAACUUUAACUCCGUAUAACUCGGGCCACUCGCUAGGGGGCACGUUUUGGCUAAUAGUAAAGAGAAUAGACCGCGUGAUUUAUGCGCCAUCAUGGAACCAUUCGAGGGACUCAUUACUAAAUAGCGCCAAUUUCAUUAAUUCUCAAUCGGGCAAUCCUCAUGUUCUGUUGUUACGACCCACUGCUUUCAUUACGGCAACAGAUCUCGGAUCUUCAAUGUCACAUAAAAAGCGGUGUGAUAAAUUUUUACAGGUGGUGGAUGCCACGCUUGCAAAUGGUGGCGCUGCUAUAAUACCCACGUCCAUCUCCGGUAGAUUUCUCGAAUUGUUUCAUUUAGUUGAUGAGCACUUGAAAGGUGCUCCGAUCCCGGUUUAUUUCUUGUCUUAUUCUGGUACAAAAGUUUUAAGCUAUGCCUCAGGUUUACUAGAUUGGAUGUCACUGAAUUUCCAUAGGUCGCUUAAUAGUACUAUGGAUUAUACACUCCCGUUUAAUCCCAAUAAAGUUGACUUGUUAUUGGAUCCACAGGAAUUAAUGUCAAUGAUGGGACCCAAGAUUAUUUUUUGUCUGGGUGAGGAUUUAAGAGAUGGAGAUCUUUCAAGUAAAGUGUUUCUGUAUUUAUGUAAUGAUGAAAAAACAACAGUAAUAUUGACUGAAAAACCGUCAUCAUCAUUAUCAUCUUUUUCUUCCUCGUCAUCGUCAUCUGGCGAUGGUGGUAUAAGUAACGAAUUGUAUAACAGUUGGGCUACUUUGGCCAAGCAGAAAACAGGGAAAAUCACCGAUGGCGUUGCUGUGCCUGUAGACGAAAUUAUUCAAGUGGACAAGUGGACCUUGGAAGAAGAGCUUACUGGCAAGGAGUUGGUUGAUUUUCAAAACGAAAUAACGGCAAAGAGGAAAGAAAAGUUGAUUACAAAAGUGAGAGAUCAAAAGAUUCAAAAUUUGUUAAACACAGAUAAUAUUGAUGCCGACGAUUCCUCUGAUGAGGAUGAUGAGGAUGAUGAGGACGAGGAAUACGACGAUGAGAAUGAAAAGGAAAGAAAGAAAAAUGGGAAAAGGAGUGGUAAAAAUGGAAAAGUAGGACUUUUCCCGAGCGGUAAACGAGUGGGUGAGAUUUUCGAUAAACAAGUGGAGAAGGAAAAGAGAAUUGAUGGUAAACCACCUACGGUUGAACAGGUUGACGAGCUUAUUCAACACGAGGCUUUUAUUAUGGAUCAUAUAAAACAAAGCCUUGAAAAACAUUUACCUAUUGAUAUAAGAAUCACGCAUAAGUUUAAACCUCGUCAAGCUAUGUUUCCAUAUUUCCCCCAAACAAUUGCAUCUCGUAUGAAAUUUGAUGAUUAUGGACAAAUCAUUGAUGUCAAUGAUUUCACCAAGAAAGACGAAGUUUCCAAUAGUAAAAUUAUUAUGGAAGGCAAGAGAAAAUUUGACGAAAAGAAACAAAGAGGCAAAAGGCAACAAGGUGAUGGAAGCGAUGGUGAUAGGGGUGAUAGAAAGAACAACAAUAAUAAUAAUAAUAAUAAUAACAACAAGCAUGCUGCUGCUGCUGCUGCUGCUGGUAAUAAACUCACGCCUCAAGAACAAGUCAAUCAACAAUUAUUGCACAAAUACUUAGAUACUUUAUCUAAACCACUCAAGAGAAUUCCAGUGGAAUCUCUACCUAAUUCUAGAACACAAUUGAAAAUUAGAUGUGGAUUGGCAUAUGUGGAUUUGUCCGGGACAGUUGAUUUGCGUUCUUUGGGUAUUAUCAUUCAAGCUUUGAAACCUUACAACUUGAUCUUGUUACCUGACUCGAGAGUCACCGAACCAACUGAAGAAGGGGACAAUUCCAAUCGCGGUGUUAUUCAAGUGGAGAAAUUUUUUCAACAACAGCAAAGCGAACAGGCCAUGGAACAUACCAAAAGACAACUUUUUAAUUCGUCUAGGUAUUUGUCUCUUGCCUCCGUGCGUGAUGGAUUAUCGAGUGCUUACUCUAGAGGUUCUGGAAGUGGUAAGAUGAAUGUGCUAGUGGCAUACUCAGACAAGCCAAUAAAGAUUGGUGUAGAUUCACGUCGUAGUGGUAGUGGUGACGAGGAUGGUGAUGAUGAUAACGCCAUUGAAUUGAAUAAUUUUGAAAUCAAUCUCGAUGAUCAACUAGUGACAAAUUUGAAAUGGCAAAAAAUUGGAGAUGAUUAUAGAGUAGCCAAAGUGUAUGGUGAAUUAGAGGUCACCAAUUUACCACCGGCUGAAUCAUCAUCAUCGCUGAAAAGAAGAAGGAAAGUAUCCGACUUCAUAAAUUCAAAUACUCAAUUUUCAUUGAAACCAAUAAACUCAUCAGCUUCAACCACAAAAUCAACCACUGUACUCGACAAGAUCACAAAUCCGAAAUUGAAAUCUAUGAUUGAAAAUGCAACGCCGAAGUUGGCCAUUGGUGAUAUUCGAUUACCCGACUUGAGAAAGAAACUAAUCUCAUACAAUACACCUUUUCAAAAUCAACCAUUACAAGUUGAAUUCAAAUGCGAGGGAACUUUAGUGGUUAACGGCACAUUGGCAAUUCGUAAAAUCACAUACUUGGGGUCAGGCGGCGGUGGGGAAGGAGAUGAUGAUAAUGGAGCGGGUGAUAUUGUCAUUGAUGGAAAUGUUGGACCUUUGUAUUAUCGAGUGAAGGAAUGUAUCAGGGAAAUGUUGGCUUAUGUUUAG